AUGGCGCUAGGCGCACCCCUCGUGUACGCAGAUCAAGCCUACUCCAUCCACCGCAAACAGGACGCGCGCGGAUUCUCGCACGACGUGUGCGCCGUCCUGCUCAUCGCCAACAUCACGCGAUGCUUCUUCUGGCUCGGCGAGCGGUUCGAAUUCGCGCUGCUGCUGCAGAGUAUGCUGAUGAUCGCCGCUCAGUUGGGGCUGUUGUACCUGUGCAUCCGGUACAGACCGGUGGGCAGGUGGAGCAAGAGCAUCAGCAGUGAUGGUGCCAGGGUUGUGUUUGAUGGUGCAGCGGAGGAGGAGCAGCAGCAGGGACAGGGCGAGACGAGUAUGGAGAGGGAUUUGAUGGACUUGAACGAGGCAGAGACAAGGGAGGCGGAAGAGCAAGAGGAGGAGGAGGGAUACGCGAACAAGCAGCCGCUGUUGGUGACACUGGGUGCUAUGUUCAGGGGUGGGAAUGGCGGUUCGACGUCCUAUGGAAGGGUGUCGUCGACCGACCAUUCCUCGUACAACACCUCAUCAGGUCUUCCUGCACCCAACACCGCCGCCACCACUACUACUCCCACCUCACGCGUCAAAUCCAUCUUAUCCCAACUCAUCCCAUCCACCUCCUCAAGACCGCUCAACUUCUGGCAGUGGUCCGACUACAACUCGUACCUCGUCUUCCUCUUCCUCUACAUCCUCCUCCUCCUCAUCCUCUACAUCCCCCUCUCCACCUCCUCCACCUUCAUCUCCUUGCUCGGGUACAUUGCUCUCGGGCUGGAGUCGACGCUACCCAUUCCGCAGCUCAUCGCCAACUACCGCAGGAAGAGUCUCGCGGGGUUCCGAUCGAGUGUGCUGUUCGGAUGGUUGGGAGGCGAUUCGUUCAAAUUGUUGUAUUUCGUGUUGAAGGGCAGCCCGGCGCAGUUUACGAGCUGUGCGGUGUUCCAGUUGAGUGUGGAUUUGGCGAUUUUGGGGCAGAGCAGGUUGUACAGGGACAAGACGCAGGAGGAGGAGGAGGCGAUGAGGAGCAAGGCGGAGGGAAGAAAUAGUAGGAGAGAGGGAGGGAGAGCGGGGGAGAUUGAGGAGGAUGAUGAGGAUGAGCUGCCGAGGAGGAGUGCGAGAGGUGCGGGAGACGCGAGAGGAAAGGGAGGCAUGGCUGGUGGCCCGAAGGGCAAGAUGGCGGGGAAGAGGAAGGAUGUUGAUGAGGAGGACGAGUUGUUGCAGGGUCCUCAACAUGUCAUUUCCAUCGAGGCUGAUGACGAUGACGAUGAAGGAGACAUUUCGAACGGUAGGCGGAAAUGA